GUACUACCUAAAAGAGUGAUAUUUUGAUAUGAUAUUCUUUACCGGUUUUAAUCUACAAAAACAAGUAGUGAGCCGAUAAGAAAGUCAAUGUGUAUAUACGGUAGAGGAGAAGCCUCGGCUGUUGGAUUCCUAUCGCACAUUCCAAAGAGAAAGUCAAUGCCCUUUCACGUGAGCAAACGUAGUAGAACGUUGAUUGACGUGGCGUGACAAAGCUUUGACCAAUCACAGGCCUCCUGUCAUCUGGGUCGGACUGAAGUGGGCGGGUACUUUGAUUCAUUCAUGACCAAUUGGGGAGGUGGUUCAACCGUGUACAGUUUGGCAAGGGGGCGUUCUUUGAGAACAACAGAUUUUACGCAGCUAAAGUUUUGACACUUUUCAUUGCAAGUAUUUUCCCCCUCGUACUGCGAUGAGGUGUCGUGAACAGCUGAGGUGAUUUCCGCAGAAUUAUCAUACACGAAUGACCUAUGAUUUGCCCCUAUAAAAAGACGGCGGCAAAGCCCUUGAAAGUCACAAUCAGUGUGCCAAGCAAUCAAACCUCAGCGAGGCAAAGCUUUCAUCAUCCCACGACUUGUGAGAACGUCAGCUGGAAAUAUGAGCGAGAGCAAAGCUAAAUCGCUGCCCGGCCCGUGGGGGUUGCCAAUAUUGGGUAACCUUCUAAACCUCGGUAGUGACGAACCGCACGUAGGUCUGAUGAAAUUAGCCAAAGAAUACGGUAACGUCUAUCAGAUUCGACUCGGCAGUCGACCUGUGGUUGUACUUUGUGGCCAGGAGGCUAUUAGAAGUGCACUUGUACACCAGCCAGUGGCUUUUGCGGGUAGACCUGACUUAGCAUCCUUUCAAUUUAUUCGUAAGAACACAGAGGCAACCGUUGCAUUUCAGACAAACGAUGCAACAUGGAAAUUGCAUCGUAAACUAGCUGAAUCCUCAAUUCGAUUCUUCGUCUCAGGACAACGAAAAUCAAGCAUAGAAUCAACUGUGACACAAGAGGUUCAAGAACUCAUCAAUUACUGGACAAACAAUAACAACAAUGAAGAUAACAUGCAGAUUGACCCCGUUAAUGUCAUCAAACUUUCAGUGAGUAACGUAAUGUUGUGGUGCAUCCUCGGUAAACGACAUUCGCUCGACGAUUCUAGACUUCGUGAAUUUGUCUCGAAAUCGGACGACUUCGCGGUCGCGGUUGGCAGCGGAAACAUCGCAGACUUCAUGCCUUGGGUUCGUUUCGUCACCGUUCGUACAACACAGAACCUCAAGAAACUACUUAAUACAUUCCGUGGAUGGUUUAUUCCGUACAUCGAGGAGCAUCGCCGUGAGUAUGAACAGGACUCCGAGAAGGAUAUCCUUGAUUACCUCGUCACAUCGUCCAACAAACUAGAUGAUGCUGAUCUUCAGCAGCUCGGGGUGUCCCGUGAAGCAUUGCAAAUAUCAACAGUAUUCGACCUCUUUGGAGCAGGGUUUGAUACUACAUCAGCUACCAUCACCUGGCAAUUGUACUACGCCAUACGUCAUCCUGAUGUCAUUGCCCGAGUCCAAGCCGAGCUCGACGAGGUCCUCGGGCGAGACUGCCUACCAAACCUCGCCGCACGUGAUCAUCUACCACUGACUCAGGCGUUCCUCCUGGAGACCUUCCGUCACUCAUCGGUGGUACCGUUUACCAUCCCACACAGUACGACCUCAGACACCACUCUUCUUGGUUAUCAUAUCCCUAAAGACACUGUGGUUUUCGUCAACCUUUACUCUGUUCACCAUGAUCCAGAUACUUGGCACCGACCAUCGGAUUUCAAUCCAGAUCGUUUCAUUGACAAGGAGACUGGUCUCCUUGAUAAGACCAAGGUGGAUGCUAUCAUGCCAUUCGGAGCUGGACGGAGGCGAUGCAUUGGUGCUGAAAUGGGUCGUAUCCAAUCCUUUCUUUACUUUGCCAUUUUGAUGCACCAGUGCAAUAUCAGUUCCUUAGACAAGGCAUCACUGGACAGUAAGCCAAUCUAUGGUCUCACCAUGCGACCGCCACCAUUCAAAAUCUGUGUGACUAGGAGGUAGGCAUAUGAACAGAAAAUGGACUGAUAACAAGUCAUUUUCAUAACUCUAAAAACAUUCGAUAUCGAUAAGAAAACUUAACUUUUGCUCACAUUGUCCUUACAAGAGAUGUGCCUCCAUGUACAUUUUUCAUUUUCCUUUAACAACGUUAUGUCAUUAAAGAAUCACUGACUGACUGUUUUGUUAAUUUAAGUUUUAUGGCUUCACAUACAGUAAUUUUUUUCAUCUUUUGUAAUUUUGUAAGAGACAGGAACCGAAAAUAAUUUUCGGCGGCGAUAUGGCAUGAAGACUUAUUACUUAGAGAUAAACUACUUACCAAAAAGCCAUUAAGAAUUUUAUUUUGCUUAUCUUUUUUUUCUUAUUUAUACAAUGUGUCAUACUUUUCAGUUUUUAUAUCUAAAAAAAUAAACAAUGACGGUCAGCGCUUUACAGUUAUACUGUAUAAUGAAGUAGAUAACAUUGUACUUAGAAGACAAAUUUACAUAUUCGAUGGGACUUCUUUUAAGAUUUCAUGAAUAUAAACACAGUCUAGAGAUACGAAAUUUGUUAUUAACUGUAUAUGAUGUUGGUGACGUAGUAAUCUCUUCAUUGUUAGACGUGAGAAUGCGAGAUUUUCAGUCGUUGAUUUUUUGCCGUUCGAUAUUUGACGUGAAGUCAAAAGUUUAUUUUUACACUAUUUUCUUCUUACAUCCAGGGGCCGCGGAACCGGGGGGGGGGGGGGGCUUCAGCCCCCGCACUUUUUUUCCCCAAAACGUAA